AGACGCACAUCAUUCUUCACAAUAAAGGAAACGUCAGAAUUGUGCAGUAGAGAUAACUACUUCUGUGUCCGUUUCAAAUAUAUGAUUACUGGCCGACUCAGAUUAAGUCUGAGGCCGGUAACAUCAACAGUGAGGACAAACCCAGCCUGCCUCUCUCCUUCCACACUGAGUCCAAACCUACAGUCACUGGGUCCUGAUUGUGACAGUGGAGCCCAGUUUGCUCUGCAGGAUCCAGAGAUGGCAUCAGUGAAGCUGGAAGACUGCAGUCAAACACUGGAGCUGAAUGCCAACAUUAAAGAUGAAGAAGAGGAGGAGGAGAUUGGGGAAUCUGUUAGUCAUGGACGGCUAGAAUUAAGUCUGAAGCCGGUAACAUCCACAGUGAGGACAAACCCAGCCUGCCUCUCUCCUUCCACACUGAGUCCAAACCUACAGUCACUAGGUCCUGAUUGUGACAGUGGAGCCCAGUUUGCACUGCAGGAUCCAGAGAUGGUAUCACUGAAGCUGGAAGACUGCAGUCAAACACUGGAUCUGAAUGUCAACAUUAAAGGUGAAGAAGAGGAGGAGAAGAUUGGGAAAUCUGUUUCUCAUGGAGACUAUGUUGAGACAUUCUCUACAUCCAGAGAGCAACAGCAGGAAGAUCACAGAGCUAAGAGGUCUCACCACUGCCCACAUUGUGAGGAGACUUUCCCAAUUCUAUCAAAGCUAAAAAUACAUCUAAAAAUACACACAGGAGAGAAUCCGUAUUCCUGUACUGACUGUGGGAAGAGAUUCACAACAUCAAGGAAUCUGACAGUUCAUCAGAGUGUGCACAAUGGAGUGAAGCCUUACUCCUGCUCUGACUGUGGGAAGAGUUUUUCUCGAAUGAACUUCUUAAAAACACAUACACGUAGACAUACAGGACUGAAGCCUUACUCCUGCUCUGACUGUUUAAAAUGCUUCACAACAUCAGCUGAGCUAAAAGUUCAUCAGAGAACACACACAGGAGAGAAGCCUUACUCCUGCUCUGACUGUGGAAAGAUUUUCUCUCAACUUGGCCCCUUAAAAAGACAUGAACGUAUACAUACAGGAGUGAAGCCUUACUCCUGCUCUGACUGUUUAAAAUGCUUCACAACAUCAGCUGAGCUAAAAAUUCACCAGAGAACACACACAGGAGAGAAGCCUUACUCUUGCUCUGACUGUGGAAAGACUUUCUCUCAACUUGGCCCCUUAAAAAGACAUGAACGUAUACACACAGGAGAGAAGCCUUACUCCUGCUCUGACUGUGGAAAUUGCUUCACAACAUCAGGUCAGCUAGAAGUUCAUCAGAGAACACACACAGGAGAGAAACCUUACUCCUGCUCUGACUGUGGAAAGAGUUUCUCUCUAUUGUUUAACUUAAAAACACAUGAACGUAUACAUACAGGAGUGAAGCCUUUCUCCUGCUCUGACUGUGUAAAAUGCUUCACAACAUCAACUGACCUAAAAGUUCACCAGAGAACACACACAGGAGAGAAGCCUUACUCUUGCUCUGACUGUGGAAAGACCUUCUCUCAACUGGGCACUUUAAAACAACAUGAACGUAUACACACAGGAGAGAAGCCCUACUCUUGCUCUGACUGUGGAAAGAGUUUCUCUCAACUGGGCCCCUUAAAAAGCCAUGAACUUAUACAUACAGGAGUGAAGCCUUUCUCCUGCUCUGACUGUUUAAAAUGCUUCACAACAUCAGCUGAGCUAAAAGUUCACCAGAGAACACACACAGGAGAGAAGCCUUACUCCUGCUCUGACUGUGGAAAAAGUUUCUCUCAACUGAUUCUCUUAAAAAGACAUGGACUUAUACAUACAAGAGUGAAGCCUUACUCCUGCUCUGAUUGUGUAAAAUGCUUCACAACAUCAGGUCAGCUAAAAGUUCAUCAGAGAACACACACAGGAGAGAAGCCUUACUCUUGCUCUGACUGUGGAAAGAGUUUCUCUCUACUGUGCAACUUAAAAACACAUGAACGUGUACAUACAGGAGAGAAGCCUUACUCCUGCUCUGACUGUGGAAAGAGUUUCUCUCUACUGUGCAACUUAAAAACGCAUGAACGUAUACAUACAGGAAUUAUUCCUCACCGCUGAUCUGACUCUAGAAACUGUUUUAAAACAACAGCUGAGCUAAAAGGUCAUCAGAGACAGACACAGGAGAGGAACCUGACUUCUGCUCUUAAUGUGGCAAGAGUAACUCAAGUAAAAGUGAAAGUCACCAAGUAGAAUACCACUUGAGUAAAAGUAUUUGGUUUUAAAUAUACUUAAGUAUCAAAACUAAAAGUAUGAAUCAUUUCAAAUUCCUUAAAUUAACCUCUACGGGAUGGGUGUUCCUAAAACAGGACAGUUGCUAAUGUGACUAUAAUGACAUUGUAUUCAACAGCUAACUUUCUGGGACAUAGACAUGUCUUUUAUAUGGGCAAAAAGAUUAACAAGAAUUUAAGCAAACUUCAGUGUCAAAUUAACAGUAGCUAUUACAGUGAAAAAAUACCAUGCUAUUGUUUGAGUAAAGGGUAAAACAACAAAUUAUCACUGCAACUGGUUUGAUACAUUCAAACCAUUUGAUUUGUCAUCCUUAGGGUCCCAGAGAUCAAAUGUAGCAUAGUUUUUUGUUUGAUAAAAUCCAUUUUUAUGUGAAAUGUAGGAACUGGGUUCUACAUUUUUGAACCCCUGUUGUCUCUGGCUCCACACCCACCCCACCCAGCCAUCAAGAUGUGUGAAAGUUAGUGAAUAAGCUAAUGAUCCAUCAUGUAUGAAAUUCCUGUCCGUGUGUAAACUUAAAUGUUUUAUUACCAUAGCAUUUGUAUAUGUUCUCUAUAGUUAUGUACUUAAAUGACCAAUUCAGGACAUUUGGGGAAACUCCUGGCAGACUUGAUACAGUGCAGUAAUAUAAUUCUUCACUGGAUCAGUCAAACUUUUCACACACUGCUGCCUUCUGGUGGCCUAAAGCUACAUUACACCUAGACUCCUUUCUGAAAGUAUUUAUUUAUUUUUUAUUUUACCUUUAUUUAACCAGGCAAGUCAGUUAAGAACACAUUCUUAUUUUCAAUGACGGCCUAGGAACAGUGGGUUAACUGCCUGUUCAGGGCAGAAUGACAGAUUUGAACCUUGUCAGCUCUGGGGUUUGAACUUGCAACCUUCCGGUUACUAGUCCAACGCUCUAACCACUAGGCUACCCUAGUGUGGCCUUUCUUGCAUUUCAAAGUUAAUGAAAAAGAAAAAGGUUUUGUUUGUAUGAUUUUACCAGAUCUAAUGUGUUAUUCUCCUACAUUAAUUUCACAUUUCCACACACUUCAAAUUGUUUCAUUUCAAAAGAUAUCAAGAAUAUGCAUGUCUUUGCUUCAGGUGCUGAGCUACAGGCAGUAAGAUUUGGGUCAUUUUAGGCUGAAAUGUAAAGGGAAAAAAAGGGUACAAUCCUUAAGAGGUUUUUAGCAAACUAGUGAGUCUGCCAGAUCAGAGGCAGUAGGGAUGACCAGGGAUGUUAUCUUGAUAAGUGUGGGAAUUUGACCAUUUUCUGUCCUGGUAAUCAUACAAAAUGUAACUAGUACUUUUGGGUGUCUGGGAAAAUAUAUGGAGUAAAAAGUACAAUUUAGAGGGGGGAAUUUGGUGAAAUAAAAGUAAAAAUUGUCAAAAAUAUAAAUAAUUAAGUACAGAUACACCAAAACUUAAGUAAAAGUGAUUUAAAGAACUACUUAAGUACUUUACACCACUGCAUGUAUCCAUUCCGUGUGUCAGCAUUGCAGGCUGGUGGUGUGAUGGUUGGGGUGUGUUUUCAGGGCACACAUUGGGCCCCUUGAUAAAAGUUGAGCAAUGUUUGAAUGCCACAGGAUAUCUAAACAUCAUGGCCAAUCAGGUGCCUCCCUUCAUGGCAGCAGUUUAUCCCUCCCACAAGGCUUGUAAAGGAAUGGUUCCAAUAACAUUACACUGAUUCCACAGUAAUUGUGCAUCUGUGGGAGGAGAUGGAACGAGCUAUUCAGAGUAGAUCCACUCCCAGCCAACUUGACACAAUUGUAGGAAGCAUUGGAGUCAACAUGGACCAGCAUCCCUGUGUUCUGAGGACAAAGGGGGUGCAACUCAAUAUUAGGAAGUUGUUUCUUAUGUUUUGUACACUUAGUGUAUAUCAGGUAAGGAUGGUGUGAUGAUCAUUUUUUAGCAUUAGUUUGGGUGGAUUAUUUUCUAUUACUCAACUUCUGUUUAAUGAUAAACAAUCUAUGAAUCAA